UCACUCACUGAAAUACCAGUAAGAUCCCGAAGAAGGAGCAGUGUCAAGAUGAUCGUCUUAUGGAUUAUAUUGUUUUGUCUUGGCCAAGGAUAUUCUCUGGUUCCAGUGAAAACUGUUCAGGUUGGUGAACCAGCAACUUUAACAUGUGCUAUACCCAAAGAGCUGAGCAGUAGAGGAGUCAAAUGGUACAAACAGAGCGUCGGGGAUAGUCUUAAAUUAAUACUUACACUGAUCAAAUCUACAGCUGAAUAUGAUCCUGGAUUUUCUAGUUUAAGAUUUCGAGUAAAUGACGAUGAGAAUUUUACCAGCUUGACCAUUUUGAAGACAGUUCAGGAGGAUGAGGGACUCUAUCACUGCGUGAACACAGAAUGGAUUGGAACUACAUGGAGUGGAACAUAUUUGUUAGUAAAAGGAAACACUCAGAGGACAUCAAACUUUACAGUCAGUCAGUCACUGAUAGAAUCAAAUCCAGUCCGUCCAGGAGACACAAUGACUCUCCAGUGUUCAGUCUUCUCUGACUAUGAGGACAAGACAUGUCCAGGAGAUCUCAAUGUCCUCUGGUUCAGAGCUGGAUCAGAUAAAUCUCAUCCAAACAUCAUCUACACUCACAAAAACAGACGUAAUGAAUACGAGACAAGAUCUGAGACUCAGCAGAGUUGUGUUUUUCGCUACUCCAAGAACGUCAGCUCCUCUGAUGCUGGGACUUAUUACUGUGCUGUGGCCACAUGUGGGGAGAUAUUAUUUGGAAAUGGAACUACACUGGAUAUUCAAGAAAGCAGCGUGUGGUCACAGAGAGCCAGUACAGUUAUUUUCUUGCUUUGUGCUGUCUUGGUUAUAACUCUGAUCGUUAUAGCUGCCCUCAUCUACACAAUCAAGACAAACAACAGUGAUCACUUCAAAGCUGCUGUUCUGCAGAGAAACUUGAUUGAUCAGAAAAGACAACAGAAUAAGAUCACACAGAUAUUUUCUGCUGUUGUCUUUACCAUGAUGAAAGUUGACAGAAGUAAAAUAAAGGAUGCAAACACAGUGAAGCGGGAGCAGAUCUACAUGGCUGUCAAGGCUUUUGGACUGGAUUAG